AUGCGUGUCCCACUCAGCGACGGAAGAAGACGAUUUGGAGAGAAAAAGAAAAAGACUCAGAGAUGUGCAUCUCGAAACGCUUCCUCCGGUGGGUCGUCGAGGUCUCCUUUUUUCGGGAACGUCUUCGCCUCGUCCUCGUUCGAUGACGACGACGAUUCCGAGGACGAGGAGGUCCUCAAGAGGGAAAGGUUGGAAGCGGUGCAGUUCGCGAUGCAAAGUUUCGACGUUUCGGACGAAACUUUUAAUGCAGGAGUAAAAGUCGCGGAGGAGGAGGAUGAUAGAGACGAUGCGCUGAAGACGAACGUGGCGGAGUUUGUCGGGGCGGUGAGAGGAGGGUCGAGUAGUUCGAGCGGACGAGGCGGCGGCGGCGGGAGGAGGAAGAGUAAGGAUGAAAGAGGAAGCGGUGCCGGGAAUAACAAAAACGCUGCUCGGGAGGAGCGGCAGAAAAGGCAGAGGCGACCAAAAUCGUCGAAUAUCGCGAAUGUGGCGCGAGAGACGAAGAUGAGCAACAGAGAGGUGAAGAAAUCGAGGAAAGUGAGGGCGGUGUUUAUGGGGAGCAUGGACGACGACGACGACAACAACGAACGGGAGGAAGAAAAUGAAGACGGGGGGAGUUUCGGUGGAACUCGAUUUGAACUGAAGGAAGGCACGAGCGAGGUGUUGAAGACGUCUUCCGUGAGUGACGAUAAGACGACGAACGGAGAGAUAAUCGACGUGCCGCGGAUUGAACAGCGAGAUAACAAUAACGAUAAAGAAGCCGUGUUGCUCACAUUUUUGAACGAAAAUCGAAUGCUUUCAGAAGACGACGACGAGUCCUCGCGCAUUACCGCGUCUAAUUUGACCAAAUGUAACGACGCCAUUCGACGGUGUACUUCGUUCGAGGAAGUGUUACCGCUCGUGAAAGAAAUGCGGCAGUUUGGCAUCACUCCGGUGGAGUCAACGUACGUGGCCGUCAUGAUUGCCUGUAGAAACGCGGGGACGCCCGAACGCGCAAUUGAGGUCUACGACGCCUGUCGAACGUCUGGGAUUGAAGUCUCGAAACGAACGAUGUUGCUGACCAUGGAGUGCGCGGUCAAAGCGAAAAAGUUGCAGCCGGCAAUGCGCGUGAAGGAAGACAUCGAAGAGCAAGGAUGGACGUUAAGUCCGAAAGUUUUCGACCAAUUGUUGAAGUUAACCAUCGACGUAGACAUGCCCGGAGAGGAUCGCAAAGGUCGCUCUCCAAAAGCUCGAUUGGUUCGAGCGUGCGUGUUGUUUGAGGAAAUGACGAGCAAAUCGAACGUGGAGCCGUCGCCGGUGGCGUUCAACGCGUUGUUAGUUGGUGCCGCUCGAGCGAAAGAGCCGCAAUUAGUCGCGCAAACGUUCGACGAAAUGACCAGUCAAGGUGUUUCUCCGAGUCGAGAGACGUGCGAGAUUGCCUUGAAAGCUUUAGCCGAAGGCGGCGAAUUGGCGAAAUCGUUGAAUGUAUUCGCAGUCAUGCGACAAAGAGGUCUCGCGCCGAGAAAGUCGACGUAUACCGCUUUAAUCUUGUCAUGCGCGAAAGCGAAAGAACCGAAGUGCGACGAAGCGUUCGAAAUAUUUUACCGGUUGCGCGAAGAAGGUUCGGUCGAACCAAACAGAGCUAUGUUUGCCGCAUUAAUCGAUUGCGCCAUUCGCGCGGGCAAGGAAUCCUACGCUUUUGACGCCUUUGACGCGAUGAAAGAAGCAAAUAUUCCACCAACGAUGGCCACUUAUAACCGCUUAAUCCACGCGUGCGGACAGAAAGGUACCGCCAACGGUUUGCGCGACGCGGUUCGUUUGUACGAAUAUGUCUUGGCGCAAAACGCCGCUGAUUUAAGACCAGACGCGUACACCUACGGUUCUUUAAUCGCCGCGUGCGCCAAAGUUCGCGACGCGACGAAAGCGUUGAGUUUACUCGACGAAAUGCUCGAGAAAAGCGACGAGGUGUAUCCAACGACUGUAGUUUUCAACAGUUGCAUCACCGCCUGCGGCCAAGCUGGCAGGUGGGAAGACGCCAGGAAAGUUUUUGAAAAGCUGAAGGUAGAAAUUGAAAAUCGAGGUGGGUUAGGGUCCUCUGAUUUGUACAUCGGCCGCGAAACGUACGGCGCAAUGUUAGACGCGGCGUUAGGCCCCGGCGGCGCAGAAGCCGCCGUCUCAGCCGUCGCUUUAGAGCUCGGUAAAGAUAAAAAAGGCGGCUCUUCAUCUGGAAUGAAAACGUCUUUUAUCGAUUCUGAUCGCGUCGAGUUGGCGAUUGAGUUGUUCCAGAGCGAAGAGGCGAGGCGUGUGUGUCAGUACGAUGACAUCGACGAAGCUUUGUGGAAAAACGACGGUGAUUACGACGCCUCAAAAUACACGCGAACGGAAACGAUCGUGGCUACGCUCGCCAUGUUAAAAGCGGUUCGAUACUGCGAAAGCUCAUCCUCGAAAGGCAACAGAACGUUUGCGGAUUUGCCGAAUGAAAUCUGCAUCAAUUGCGGCAACGCGGCGCGAAGAAGUUUAGCGGUGGAAUCGGUUGCGAGAGCGGCGGGCGUGAAGUGCGACACGGAAGAGCAAGGAAGCGCGUUAUACGUGACGUUACCGAAGUCGUCGUUGAAAUCGUUUAUGAAAGUUAGAAACUAA